GAGUUUGUAUAUAGUAACACUAUUUGAAAGAAUGUAGAAUUUUCAAAGAGCAAGCAUCUAUUUAAAACGGCUGCAAGGAUAAACACUCCAUCCAACACCUCACUAAACUGGCUUCUGAAGCUGCAAAAUUUUAAGCACAGAGAUGGAAACCAUAGCUCUGUUCACGAUCUCAGCGCUGCUCCUUUCAGCCUUGUGGGUUUAUGCAAAGUCAAGCAAGAAAGCCGCACCCUUGCCACCAGGGCCGUUCGGCUUCCCCAUCGUGGGAUACUUGCCUUUUCUCCGCCCCAAUUUACACCACCAAUUCACAGACCUCGCCCACAAGCACGGCCCCAUCUUCAAGCUUCAACUCGGAAGCCGGCUUUUCGUGGUAGUGAACUCACCGUCCAUUGCAAAAGAGGUAGUUCGCGAUCACGAUGCGGUUUUUGCUAACCGCUCCCCGCCAAUAGCGGGAAGAAUCGGCACCUAUGGGGGCCGUGAUAUCGCCUGGUCCCCAAACGGCACCUACUGGCGCGACAUCCGCAAGCUAUUUGUUCGAGAGAUGCUGAGUAGCGCCAAUCUUCGUGCGUGCUACGAGCACCGAAGAGAAGAGGUUAGAAAAGCCAUUAGAAGUGUGAGAUCAAGGACAGGUGAAGCUGUGAACAUUGGGGAAUUGGCUUCUUCCACCGAAAUCCGUGUUGUGGAGAGGAUGAUUUGGGGAAGUACGUUGGGAUCUGAUGAAGCGAAGAUUGAUCAAUUUGGAGCAGAGUUUAGGGAGAUAAUGGGGAAGUAUAUUGCCAUUGUAGCUGAGCCUAAUAUCUCUGAUUUCUUCCCCUGGCUUGCUAGAUUUGAUUUGCAGCGAGUCGAGGCAAGGAUGGAGGGUAUGGUGAAGCUUGUGGACAAUAUUUUUGAUCCCAUCAUUAAGGAAGGUGUAAGAAUAGUUUCUGAGAAAUCUGGUAGCACAACCAAGCGUGAAGAAAGAAAGGAUUUUCUGCAGAUCCUCUUAGAGCUGAAGAAUCGUGAUGACAACGCUGGGAAAUCAUUGGAUUUCCAAGCAAUCAAGGCCAUGCUGCUGGAUAUUGUGAUAGGUGCGACAGACACAACAGCCACAAUGGUGGAGUGGGUCAUGACAUCAUUACUUGACAAUCCAGAGAUAAUGAAAGAAGUCCAGACGGAAUUAGAAGAGAAUGUAGGAAUGAACAAUAUUGUUGAAGAGAUCCAUCUACCAAAGCUCAUAUAUUUGGAUGCAGUUAUAAAGGAGACACUUCGUUUAUACCCAGCAUUACCACUUCUACUCAACAGAUCCCCAACCCAAAGUACACAAGUGGGUGGGUACACAAUUCCUAAGGACACUACACUCUUUCUCAACAUCCAUGCAAUACAUAGAGACCCUCAAGUUUGGGACAAUCCUUUGGAGUUUAGGCCUGAAAGGUUUCUUAACCAAACUUCGUCUGGUUUAGAUUAUACCGGCAAUGAUCAUAGGUUUUUACCAUUUGGAUCGGGGAGGAGAAUUUGCGCCGGCAUUCCUUUGGCUGAGAAAAUGUUGGUUUAUAUUUUGGGUUCAUUGUUGCACUCCUUUGACUGGCAUCUUUCUGAAGGUGAAAAGCUUGACUUGUCUAGUAAAUUUCUGAUUGUCAACAAGAAAAGUGAUCCUUUGAUUGUUGUGCCUACGCCGAGAUUAUCUAAUUUUGAACUUUAUCAAUAAUCUUGUAGAAAUAUGUCUUUAUGCAAGUAAAUGGCAUAAAAGGGGUGGAAAAAAUGAAAAAUGCCAUCAUCAUUGUACGUAUGUGUGCGUAAUAAAUGGCACCUGUACAUCUAUCUGUCUUUGUACUGCAAAACAAGGUUGUUAUUUAUAAGUUUAUGUAUUGUAUAAUUGAUUUGGUUAGUAAAAUUUUAAUUAUAAAAUAAA